UCACUUCACUUCAUCAUUCACCUCCCAUUAUUAUUAUAUAUUCUCUCCUCCAUACUUUACCUUCUCCACAUUCAUACCACAAUGCAUUCCCAACAUUUCCUCACUUUCUUCUUCUUCCUAAUUUUCCUCUCCUCCACCACCCUCACUUCCUCAACACCAUCACCACAAAAUGAUAAUGAUGAUAACACUUUUGAUUUUGCUCGUCCUAUAGAUCGCAAGUUGUUAGGCAUAAACAAAAAGGAAAAGCUAAGUCAUUUCAAAUUCUAUUGGCAUGACAUCUUGAGUGGAAAAAACCCAUCUUCAAUUAUGGUUGUUCCACCAACAUCAAACUCAACCACUGCUUUUGGUUUAGUCAACAUGAUUGACAACCCUUUGACAUUAGGACCAGAACUGAGUUCCAAACUUGUUGGAAAAGCUCAAGGCUUCUAUGCUUCUGCUUCACAGGUUGACCUUGGUUUUCUUAUGGCUAUGAAUUUUGCUUUUGUUGAAGGGAAGUAUAAUGGAAGUACUAUUACUAUCUUGGGAAAGAAUCCUGCUAUGCAUAAGGUUAGAGAGAUGCCUGUUGUUGGUGGGAGUGGACUCUUCAGAUUUGCUAGAGGCUAUGCUCAAGCUCAUACUCAUUGGAUUGAUUUGAAAUCUGGAGAUGCUUGUGUUGAGUACAAUGUUUAUGUUUUUCAUUAUUGAUGUGUUAAUUAUUGUUGUUAUUGUUUGUGUUAUGUUUAUUUUUUAAGUAUUUGUGUUUGUAUGUAAACUAUUCAUAUAAGGAUCUACCAUAUCUAUUAUUUAAAAGUAGAAUUAUUAACAUGUCAUUGAAUAUUUAAUGACACGAGUUAAGGUAUUCAAUUUUAAAAUAUGUUUUUUAUAAGCUGUGUAUUUAA